UUAAAGAUUGGUUAAUUUUUAGGGCGUGAAAGAGUCCGAACGGUUAGACAUUCAAAUCGAACAAAAUUCUUAUUCUGAAGGGGACCCUCAUCAGAGAGACGAUUUUAGAUCUGGAGAUAGAAGUGAAUUUAGGAGUGAUUUUAGGAGUGAUUUUAGAGGCGGUUUUAGGGGAGGUUUUAGAGGAGACUUCUCAUAUGGUGAUUCUAGGUAUUCUGGUUCAUAUUCAAAUAGAAAUAUUGAGGUUCGGAUGAGGAAACAUUAUGCAGAUAGGUAUUACGGCCCUGAAGAGGGGGAUAGUCAGUAUAUUCGGGAACAAAGAGUGGACAGUGGAUCAUUUGGAAGAGAUUAUAUUCUUCAUAGAGGAAAAAGACCAGACAGAUAUUUUGGACCUGAGUCUGGGAUUAAGGAGAAGAGGUUUAGAGCAGUACAUGAUGGAGAUGAUCAACCCUACCAGGGACCAACUAUAUUCGAUAAGGUGUUCAGACAACACAGCCGGAAAUCGUCGACGGACGAACCUGUUUCGGUAUCCCGGUCUGUAUCGCCGGAGAUCCGUAAACGGAAAUUUCCCCGCAGUCCGGAUGACGAGGGUAAAAGUAAAUAUAAAAGUCGGAGGAUGAGUCCGGAUUCGGAUGAGGACAAAGCUAAGGAGGAACUUGAGGCUGAAUGGUUGAAGUACAAGGAGAAAACCGAAGCUAAAAUUAGAAGAGAGAAAAAGAAACUGAUGAAAUACGAGGAAAGGAUUAAUCAUCUAGAGAACCUGACACAAAAUGAACAGGUUCGGUUAAAACCAUUAGACAUAGAAAAAUAUGAACGUAGGAAAAGAAAAUUGGAAAGUUCAGGAAAACGGAGUAAAUCAAGAGGAAGAGAUUCAAGUUAUGAACCUGAUCCAGUAAUAUCUAGAUCUCCUCCUAGAUACAGGGGUACACCACCUCCUGGAGCAGAUCUCAGACCAGUUCUUAUUGAGGGUGAUGGUGAAUAUAUAUCUGAGGAUGAAUAUGAUUCAAACUAUUCAGACUAUAAACCUGCAGGUCGAAUUCAUGAUGCUUAUAAAAACUACUAAAACUAGGUUUAUAUUAACAUAUCUUGGCAUUAUUUAAAUACAUUUAUUUACUAUUACACUCUU